AUGUCAGGGAUACAAUCUUAUUUCAAACGUCAAAAUAGCACAAAUACAGAACCUGAAUCCUAUGAACCUUAUAGACAAAAUGUUUCAAUUGUUGAAAAUUCUCCUCAAUCUCAAAGACAAAGUGUACCACCACAAGCAUCUCAAUUUCAAAGUUUUCAAUCACCACCUGAAGCAAAAAUUAAUAUAGAAAAUCUUGAAGCGGAUCCAGGAAAAAGACCUUCACUUUAUUCAAUGACAUCAAAUCCUAUAGAGAGAGAGGAUAUUCGGAGAGCUUAUUUGCUCAAGGGUCCAACUCAACCAAUUCUUAAACCAUUCCCUCAAACGGAAAUGUUUGGAAAAAUGCGUAGAUUCAAUUCUAAGUGGUAUGAAGAAUCUGGUUCUUGGUUGGAGUAUAGUGUAUCACGAGAUGCAUGUUUUUGCUUAUAUUGUUAUCUAUUUGAUAUGGAGGUUAGAGGUAGUGGUUCAGCGAAGGAGGCAUUUGUCGGUGUGGGGUUCAAAAAUUGGCAGAAGAAGGAUAGAAUCAAAGUUCAUGUUGGAGAUCAUAGGAGUGUUCACAAUAGAUCUUAUCAAGCUGGUCAAGAUUUGAUGAAGCAAAACCAACAUAUUGAUAUUGCCUUUUCAAAUAUUUCUGAACAACAAAGAAUUGAUUACCGUAUUCGCCUGAAAGCUUCUUUAGAUUGUGCUAGAUACUUACUACGAAAUGGUCAGCCUUUUCGGGGACAUGAUGAAUCUGAAAGUUCAAAUAAACAAGGUUUAUUUCUUGAAACUCUAAAGUUUUAUACUAAGCCAAAUAAGGAGAUGAGUCAUGUGGUCUUGCAAAAUGCCCCCGAUAAUCACAAAAUGACUUCACCAAAAAUUCAGAAAGAUCUUGCUCAAGCUUGUGCUGAUUUGACUGUUAAAGCAAUAAUUACUGAUCUCGGCAAUGAUUACUUUUCCUUGCUAGUUGAUGAAGCUCGUGAUGUUGCAAUUAAAGAACAAAUGGCAGUUGUACUUCGGUAUGUAAACAGAAAGGGGUCCAUUGUUGAAUGUUUUAUUGGCAUAAUUCAUGUUUCAGAUACUACUGCAAAAUCACUAAAAGCAGCGAUUGAUGGGCUGUUUUCUAAACUUGGUUUAAGUUUGUCUAAAUGUCGUGGUCAAGGCUAUGAUGGUGCUAGUAAUAUGAGGGGUGAAUUCAAAGGGCUUAAGAGUUUGAUUUUGGCAGAGAACAAAUCUGCAUUAUACAUUCAUUGUUUUGCUCAUCAGUUACAAUUGGCACUUGUGAAGGUUGCAAAACAUCACAAAAAGAUUCAAGAAUUUUUUGACAUGCUUCAAAAGAUGGCUACCGUUGUGGGGGGUUCAUGCAAGCGGAAGGAAAUUCUUCAAAUGAAUCAAUAUGAGCAUAUAGUUGAAAGAAUUGCUCGCGGUGAAAUACCAACUGGAAAAGGUUUAAAUCAAGAGACAACCAUAAAGCGACCUGGAGACACUCGUUGGGGUUCCCAUUUUGGUACAGUUACAAGUGUUAUCUCAUUAUUUUCUCCAAUAAUUUCCUUGAUGAAAAUUAUUGAAGACGAGCCUAGGAAUGAUGCUGCAAGAACUGAUGCAGGUUGCAUUUUGUAUGCCAUGGAAGAUUAUGAGUUUGCAUUCUUGUUGCAUCUUAUGCAACUUAUCUUGGGGAUUUCUUAUGAGUUGUCACAAGCAUUACAAAGAAAAGAUCAAGACCUUUUAAAUGCAAUUGGUUUAGUGAAGGUUGUCAAGUCUCGUUUACAAGAGGUGAGAGAUAAUGGUUUUGAUGAAUUGCUUCAAGAAACGAACAUUUUUGCAAAUAAAUAUGAUAUUGACAUUCCAAAUAUGGAGGAUGUUUAUUAUCCUAAAGGAAGAUCAAGACGGAGAUUGGAAUCAUUCACAUUCUUGCACUACUUUAAGGUGGAGUUAUUUAAUACAGUGAUAGAUACUCAGGUUCAAGAGUUGGGUGAUCGAUUUGAUAAUGUCAAUACGAAGUUGCUUGAGUGUUUGAGUUGUCUUGACCCUCGUGAUUCAUUUGCUAGUUUUAACAAAGAAAAGUUGAUUGAGUUUGCUAGAUUUUAUCCUUUGGAGUUUAAUGAGCUUGCAGAUAUUCCUUUUCUUUCUUCAAGUCUUGGUAAUUUUAUUGUUGAUGUAAGAGCUGAUUCUGAUUUUGUCAAUUUGGAAAGAAUUUUUGACCUUGCUUUGAAGAUGGUUGAGAAGAGAAAGGAUAUUGUUUAUCCAUUGGUUUAUUUGUUGAUAAAGUUGGCACUCGUUCUACCGGUAGCAACUGCUAGUGUUGAACGAGUUUUUUCUGCAAUGACUUUUGUUAAGGAUAAGUUGCGCAAUCGGAUAAGUGAUGAUUGGUUUAACGCAUGCAUGCUAACUUAUGUUGAACGUGAUAUGUUUGAUAAUAUUGAUGAUGAAGAUAUAAUGCAAUAUUUUCAAAGAAUGAAAAAUCGAAGAAUGCUUUUGUCGUCUUCUACUGCCAACGUGGUAUUAGCUUCUAUUAUUUUUGUUGUUAUCUGCUUUGAUGCUAUAUUCUGGCUUAAAAAGAGAGGAUUGAUUGCAGAUGUGACAUUCUUAAAUAAGUUAAUCUCUAGAGAUGAGAGCUUUCCCUUCUGUACGGGAGCUUGCCAAAAAGCUUAUAUCCUUUUGCUUAAUUGCUUAGAAAUGCAUAGGUGUUUUGACAAAUUGCAACAUCAACUUGCUUUACUAGAUGCUCAAAUGCAGCAAUUCAAUGAGUUUGUGAUGACCAUAGGUUCUCAACUUCAAGAGACCACAUUGUCACCAUCCUCAAGUACUACCUAUGGCCUCUGUUCCAUUACAUGUUGUCAAGCCUGGGCAAAUAGCGACCUCUAUUCCACUACGUGA